CUGUUCUUGUGCAGCGAGUCCAGGCCCGCGCCCGCCGCGGGGCCGCCCUCGGAGCUCGCCUUCUUGUCGAGGUUCUGGAAGCGCUCGCGGGCCGUGAGGCCGCGCUGCGAGCUCUGCUUGGGCACGUCCAGCCGCCCGCCGCAGCUCAGCGCCCCCGCCGCGCCGUCGUAGGUGAACAGCACCGGGAAGCAGUCGUGGCCCUGCGGUGGGACGCGCGGGUCAGGGGAGCGCCCCGAGAGUGUCGGUGCUGCCCUCACUUUCCGCGCGGGAAAACGGGGUCGGCCGGAAAAUGCGGCGCCGAGGGGCUGGAUGGCGCUCCCGGGAGGCCGAUGGCGCUCGGGGACACAGCCCGGCGGCGGAGGGGGAGAGCCCCCCGCCCAGGGGGGCCAGCAGGGGCCGGAUGCUGAGGGGUGCACACCGCAGCCUGCAUCUACGGGCUGCCCGCUUCCCCAGCAAGGCUGGCCUGGGGCCCCCCGGGGACCAGGCGACCUCAGUGUCCCGCCCACCCUGCUCUGGGAAGGACCCCGCAGCUGCACGCUCCUCGCCCACCUCUGCCUCCCGCGCCUGCGCCCUCCUGCUGGCUGACAGCCAGCGGGGGCCACUUGAUUGGCAGAUGAGGGGCCAACACACCCACUCCCACCCACCAACAGAGCCCCAAGAGACGACCAGAGGACAUCUGCUCUGGGACCAGGUGCCUGCUGUAGCCCCUUUCCCAGCUGGGGACUCAGAGACCCUGGGAUGGGGUGGGGCAUCUGUCUGGAGCUGGGAGCCUGAGGCCUUGGGUUUGGCAGCUGUGGUGGCUUGGAACCAUGAACCCCAGGAAAACACGUGCUUAAUCUUAACCCAUUCCUGUGGGUGUGAACCCCGUAAACAGGUCCUUUUGAUGAGGUUGCUUCAGUUAAGGUGUGGCCCAGUUGACUCAGGAUGGGUCUUAGUCUUGUUAUUGGAGGCCUUAUAGGGAAGGCCACAGAGAGAGAAGCCACAGGGAGCAGCCAGAAACUGGACGUCAACAGAACCCAGAAGAGAAAGGAGAAGACGCCGCCGUGUGCAUUCUCCUGUGACAGAAAGGCUGGGGACCAAGGAUGGCCGGCAGUCAGCCCCAAAACGCCACAGCCUUCAGGGAAAAAGUAUCAACUUACUGGUGCUUGGGUUUUGGACUUUUAGCCUCAAAACCAUGAGCUAAUAAAUUUCCA